GGGGGCGUGGGGCUGCUUCGCUUCUCCCCUCGCUCUUUCUCCCUCUCUCCUCCUGGUUGCUGCACUUCUGCGUUGCUCAGCGCGCGCGCGCGCACAGGCAGCCCCCUUGGCCGGACUGGGCGGCCAGCUCGCGGCAGGCGCUGCACCUGACCGCCGCGCUGUGAGGAGAGCAGGCAGAGGCGCCGGACGGGGCUGAGGGGAGACAAAAGAAGAGGAGCCGCGAAGCCACCCGCACGAGGCAGCCGCUUCUCCGGGCUGCCUCAGACGGACGCCCCGCCACCCCCCGCUGCUGGCGGACACUUGCUGCUGCCUGCGAAGGAGGAGGAGGAGGAGUCGGCCCCUCGCUUCAUGGCUGAGCAGCACUGAGGAGGCGGCGGCGGCGGCGGCGGCUGGAGCUGGAGCCCCGAGGAGCAGCGCUCAAGCCCGGCGCGCAGCCUCUCCCGCGGCUGCUGCUCCUGGAUCUCCCGCGGGAUUCUCGCCUGGGCGGCCGGGCGGCGCACGAUGCGCCCUGCUGCUCGCUUCUGAGCGCCAGCCCCGCCGCGAUGAUCUCUCCGGAGCAGCAGCAGCAGCCCAACCAUGUCGUGGCCACCAUCGAGAACCUGCCGCCCGAGGGCAGCGGCGGCGGCAGCAGCGGCAGAAGCAGCAUCUCCGCCCCCUCGGCUUCCAGCGUGCGCCAGAGGAUCCGGAAAGUGUUUAACAGGCUUCAUUUUGCUGCUGGUCGAUUCGCUGCUGGUAAAUUUGAGACAUUUGAAUAUGUGGUGCUGGAACGUGGCUACCCAGACUAGGAGUUACGUCAAGCUAAUGGUUGAAGUCUGCAUCAGGGAGCUCCUGUUGUCUAUAGCUCUUGGGCAGGUUCUGUCCCUGCUUAUCUGCGGUAUUAGCCUGACCAGCAAGUAUCUGUCAGAUGAUUUUCAUGCCAACACUCCAGUCUUUCAGAGUUUCCUGAACUACAUUCUCCUAUUUUUGGUCUAUACCACAACAUUAGCUGUUAGACAAGGAGAAGAAAACUUACUGGCAAUCUUGAAACGAAGAUGGUGGAAGUACAUGAUCCUGGGGAUAAUAGAUAUAGAAGCAAAUUACCUGGUAGUUAAAGCUUAUCAGUAUACCACUUUUACUAGUGUACAGCUCCUAGAUUGUUUUGUGAUUCCAGUUGUGAUAUUAUUAUCUUGGUUCUUCCUGCUGGUUCGGUACAAGGCAGUGCACUUCAUUGGCAUUGUGGUCUGCAUUCUGGGGAUGGGCUGCAUGGCAGGAGCCGAUGUCCUUGUUGGACGGCAGCAAGGGGCAGGAGAAAAUAAACUUAUAGGGGACCUUCUAGUACUAGGUGGAGCCACUCUCUACGGCAUCUCCAAUGUUUGUGAAGAGUACAUCGUACGGAACCUGAGUCGGGUGGAGUUCCUAGGCAUGAUUGGACUCUUUGGUUCCUUCUUCAGUGGAAUUCAACUUGCCAUAAUGGAACACAAGGAGUUGUUAAAAGUUCCCUGGGACUGGCAAAUAGGAUUGCUCUAUGUUGGCUUUAGUGCUUGUAUGUUUGGCCUCUACAGCUUCAUGCCUGUGGUCAUUAAGAAGACUAGCGCUACAGCAGUCAACCUCUCCCUGCUUACAGCAGACUUGUACAGCCUUUUCUGUGGAUUCUUUCUCUUCUACUACAAGUUUUCAGGACUAUAUCUUCUGUCGUUCUUCACAAUCCUUGUGGGGCUGGUGCUGUACUCCUCAACGUCCACAUAUGUUGCCCAAGACCCACGGGUGUACAAGCAGUUUCGAAACCCUUCGGGUCCUGUUGUAGACUUGCCAGCCUCUGGGCAGCUGGAACCGUCAGUAACAUACACCAGCCUAGGCCAGGAAACGGAAGAAGAACCUCACGUCCGAGUCGCCUAAUCUCAGGCCCUUGCCACCCUCAGUGGAGUUUGUAUCUCCAUUAUCUCUGUAUCAUUCAUAGAGAAAGGUAUUUACCGGAUGCAGUUACUCAGGUGGGCUGCAAGGUAGCAAAUAGGGAAGGCUUAUUAAAAAUACAAACUAUAUUGUUUCUAUGUGUGUAUAGCCAAGAGCAGUAACUCUCAGUCUUUUGCGUAGGGCAGUGCUUUUCAAGCUGGGGCUCCUCACAUAUUAUCAGGGCUCCUUAAUGAAAAGUUCAGCAAUGGUGGGCAACUUUCCUGCAGGAGGGCUUGCCUACUGCCAAGUUACCGUUGGGGUGUCCACAGCAGGUAUGUUCAAGGGUGCACACUCAGGUCAUGGGCAGCAACAGGGAGGUCUGAUUGGCCUGGCCAGUGCCAUACCUGAACUGAAUAUGCACCGUAGAACAACCUCCAAGAAUGUGAUGCAAUGUGCUGGAGCUUCCUGGCAAGGGGUCCUUCAGCAGAUGAGCUGAUGUGAAAAGCAGGGUGGGGUAGGAAUUCAAACCAGGGUGCAGGCUGCACUGCUCAAAUUCUGGAUUGCCUGCUGUGAACAGACCCUCUACCUCAGUUCUGCCAAUACUUCUGGUGUGCCCCCCUUUACCACCUCCCCACUCUUCCCCAAGGCAAAAUACAGAUGAACAAAAACUCUCCCUUGAGGAAGAAGGUGUGAUUAGGAGGUACCAGUGGCGGGUGUUCCCGUCAACAUGCAGAGCAGUUGACUACAAAAUCCCAGGAUCCCUAGCAGAAAAAGUUCCUCUGCACAUCAGCUCCUCCCAAGGCUGGGCAGCAGAACUCACCAGGAAACCUGAGUGUUGUAAACAAGUCCCAGGUCUCUGGAAAGAAAAGGCCUUGUUCUGUGUAUAAAUGGGAACUCCCACCAUUUUCCUACUUACUUCCUUCCUUUCUCAGGAUUGGAGCAAGGGUUGCCUUGGGGGAGAGGUGUAGGUGACAGGUGCUCUGCAGGGCUUGGGGUGUUUGAUUGGAACACUUGGGUGGGGGAAACCCUUAGCACUUUUAGGGUGAGUGGAAAUGCAAUGGCCCAUCCCUAGUGAAAAGGGUCUGUAGUAUUAGGGGUUAUAAAAAAGUGUUGGCUUUGGUAAUUCGCAGCUAAUGCAAGAAAGAAAGACGUAAGUCACUCGAAACAACAUGUUCAGAAUGCAAGAUGAGAUUCUGUAAUGAACAAAGGGAUCUUUCUGCACCUCUUGGAGGUUGCUUUGCCAGGGGUUAUAUAGUGUUUCAGCAAAGCCACGGUUGUACAGUAGGCCCACUUGCACGCAAACACCCGUCAGCUGUUCUCCAAUGACCUUGGUUCUGUGCAGGAAAGGGCAGGUUAAUCACAGCGCCUCUAUACCCCAGUGCCGUUUUGUUCAUUCAGCUGUCUUAGCUACCUGGUUGCCCACUCUCUAAAGAAUCAUGUGUUCUGGGAAGCCAGGGGAUGGACAACUAUCAAUAUCCAUCUCUAUUCUAGGAAUAGGUCAAAAAAAAACAUUUUUGCCCUUUUUAAAGAAGUACUUGCAAUUGCGAAGUAGUGAGACGUUGACCUUUUUAAAUUUUUUACAAUCGCCUUACUGGUAGCUGAGGUCCUCCAUUCAGUGAGAAGGAAAUUGUAUUUCCUCUUCAGUGUCUUAAUCUUGCAGACUAACAAAAUGAAACAAUCCCCAUUUCUUACUCUUUGAAAACUGAAUCUGUCCUAAGAAAGUACCUUUUUCUAUUUUUUAAUUAUUUAUUGUGGGUCUUCUGGCUAAGGGGAGAAAGAAUGGGAGCACAGUUUUAUAGACUUCUCUGCAUUCAAGGUGAACAGAAGGCCAGAUGGAGGUGGCUCAGGCAGUGUUGCGAACUCUGCAUGUUCCUAGGCCUUGCACUUCACUCCACAUUUCUGAUGGAGGCACCCUCGUGGAGACUAUUCAUAUUUCUUCAAACUCUUGGUCUGCUGUUUCUGGAUUUUUAAAAUCCAUUCACCUGGAUUUAACUGGGACUUGGAAUUAAAUAUUCUCAAGUUUUCAAGCUAAAAAUAUUUGUGUGCACCGCACCUUUGCCUGCAUAUCAAAGUUGCUGAUGCUAGAAGAUGCCCGUGUGUUUGGAAUCCCUGUGUGUGGCCCAAGCUACACAGUUUAUACAAAGAUACAUAACCAAGUGAAAAUGAACUAGUUAUUUGAAGCGGGGGGAGUAAAUCAGGCUCAGACUAUCUCGGUGUAAUCAUGGGAGCAGGAGUGGGGAAAGCAAGUACUUGAUCAGUUCUCUGCCAGUUGUUUUCUGGUCAAAUACAUAUUUGGCUCCGUAUUCAACAGGGCACUACCACUAAGGUUCUAGCAGCAUAAGGAUUUUUCUUCUGCGGUGGAACCUCCUCCCCUGUCCUCUCCCUGUAUGUCCCUUAAAUCUGUCCUGGAGGUUCCCCCAACUUCAGAGCAGGUGGCAUAAGACACACAGGAGCAGGAGGAGGAGAGAGGGGGAAGCGGGACUCUUUGCAGUGGCUUCCACUAGUACAAUGAUUUAGUUUAACAUGGUCCAUAUUUGCUUUUUUAAAGGCAAUUGUUAUUCCUUUCUCCCACAGUAGAAUGGGAACUGCUGCUUCCCAUGCCGCUCUGGUAAUGUAGACACCCCAAAGUCACACAAGAGGAGUGGUUGGCAUGCCAGUGUUGCACCAGCUCCCAGGAUGGCACAGCUCUCAGUCCAGCACAUGGUCUUUAGUCCUCCCAAAGGUUGCUGAAGUUGGACUGCUGUGUUUAUAAAGGAAAAGGGCAGCAAGAUCCUCAGUCGUCUUCAGACAUGUGCAAAGUCAGAACAACCUCCUGCCUUUCUGCAUGAAGCCAAAACCGCUGCAAAUUUCAUUUGGCUCACCUUGAUUUGCGUGCUUGUUUUCGGCUGAAAACAAAAGAGUCAUUGAUUUAUCUAGAGCUCUCUCUCUUUGAGAGACAGGAAAGGUAGCUGUGCCUGAGUAAUAGGAAAGUGUUUCAAGAGAUUUCCUUACAAUGGAAGAGUCAAAUAACUUCAGUUAUAGCUUCGCCUCCUCACUGGUGACCGUGAGAAAAUGCUAUUUUACCUACCUCAAGGGAAGGAGAGUAAAGAUAUGAGACUUCAAAGUAAUUGGAUGUUUCCCAAAUGAGCUGGGGAGUGCCAAGGAAACACUUUCUUAGAUUCUUAGCAGGGUUUGCGGCGCAUUUGACGCAAACCACAACAUUUCUGUAUGUAGAAACCUUGUUGGCUGAAAUCUCGUCUUCUGACAAGAAUUGGCCUUUGGGGAAUAGAUUGGCAUUUGGGGAGGGGUGUUAUGGGCCCCAAAAUAUUUUCCUAUAAGAAAACUAAAGAAGAAGAAAAAGUGUCACCUAGUCAAUGAAAGAAGAAGGAUUUCUGCUAAGGAAAUGAUUACUCAGGGAUGCUUGUGUGCAGGAAGACCCUGUGUGCAACUAAUGUUGCAUUCAGAAAACUGGUGUGGCACAUGGCAUUGACCUGAAGGAAUGCAUUCAUAACCUCAGUGAGAGAUGGAGAGAGGAAGGUGUCCGCUCCCUUAUCCUGUGUAGGAGUAAUGUGAUUCCAUGGAGUAAAUCCAGAUUUACUGGAUACCUGCACACAGAAGAACCCACAGGGAGUGAUGUCUGGAUUAGGACCAUUGGCAGUGGGCAACAGUGCUGCAAUCAGGCCUUUGCCUACCAGGUUCACUAGUGAAUUUUUGCAUGCAUUAAAAAUGCGGCAGUGUGAAAACAGGGCUGCUUCAGGCCAAACACAGUAAGUCAGAGCCAUUUAUAUGACUAAUUCCUUCUGUGGCAAAACCGGUAAUUUCUGCCUUGCAUCCACCAGCAGUCUUCUUCAAUUUUACACAUCCCCCCCCAAAAAACCCCACACACGUGUUAAGUGGCAAAAUUCACUGCAGUGCCAAGGGUCCUCCAAGUUAUAUUUUAAAGGACUGGCCUCCCAUGUAUAAAACAAUUAUACGAAAUUAACUUUCCCGUCAUUUGCUUAGGACUGGGGUGUUUUCAAUAGGUGAUCAUUUGCACAUUUAGCAUGAAUGUCUUUCCUGAGAGUCUACACAAGGCCUAGGCAUUGCUUAAAUAUUGCUUAUAUCCUUAAGUUUGUGCUUUGUUUAAGCUUCAGUAUUGGAUACUUUCUUCUGUUCAAGCCAGUCUUUACAAAUACAGGGUUCGAUUCUGAACAUACUUAUGUGCAUCAAAGAACAGGGCUUGGCUGCGUGCAGGUGUGUUCAGGUGUGGAGCCUUAAUUGUUCUCUCAGGUUUCAAAUCAGAAGUCUACUGGUGGCCAUCACCAUCUCCCCCCAUUGCUUUUGCUACCUUUUAUACCAAUUAAAUACCUUUCUCUGAAUCUGUUGUCUCAUGUUUGACAUAACAAUUUCUUGAAGAAUUUAUGUGUUUGUUUCCUGCUUAAACAUUCAUUUUGCUUCCUUGUAUCUGAGGACUUUUAUUUUUUAGUAUUUAUUUUGUAAGCCAAAUGUUCUUGUAGAUGGGUUUUCCCCCCAUUUCAUUUUUAUGACACUAAUUUGUAGAUUUAAGUCUCAGUAGAAACAAACCAUAUGGAAGGCAUCUAUCAGUUCUCUGAUGAGAAUAUUUACCAGAACUAGGCUUUGCAGUCUAUAGAUGGCUAGAAACUCACCACCUGAAGCUAUUUUUCUAGGAUAAUUCAAAUUAUUCCACUGUAUUAUGGGAAGUGGGAAUAUUCAGAAAUGCACUGUUCAGUUAGCCAAACUGUGUUCUUGCACAUGUCGCUGAAACAUCAUAACUUAUGAAACUGCCUUAUUCUGAGUCAGAUCAUUAUACCGUUGAGCCCAAUAUUGUCUUCUCUGGCAGCAACUCUCCAGGGUCUCAGGCAAAGUCCACCAGCCUUGCUGACCUCCUUUACUUGGAGUUGCUGUGCUUUGAACCCAGCACCUUCUGCGUGCAAUUUAUGUGUACUACUACUAAGCAAUGAGCCUUUCCCAGUCGAUACUGUCCAAUACUAGAACAAUAAUUUUUUCCCCUGUAUCUGAUUAAAGAACAUUGGGGAGGGAAAAAAGGAAACACUGGUAUAAAUUUAUAAACAUUAUAUAAUUAAAAAUGAGGCCCAUCCCAUGAGAGAAAGUUACUUUUAAAAAAAUAGUUUCAUUUCCUACCAUUCCAAGAGUUGCAGUGGACACCAGCAAAGGUCUUUCUGUCCAGCAAGUAGCUACACCACCAGCUUAAAAACAAUCACUUCACAAGUACUGUAUAGGCUAAUUCCUGGAAUACAAGUCCUGUUGGUGCUGGAUGGGUAUUAGCAAGAUACUGAAUGAAAACUAGUGGACAGCUUGGCUUUUCUUCCAUGCACAGACUUAAAGGACACAAUCACCAACCACAGCAGACCAAGCAAUUAACAUUUUGCACCACUGUGUCAGAUGAAGAUGUUUCAAUGUAUAGUUUAGAUAUUGCUAACUUGUGCCAUUAACAUUUUUGACAAGUGUGUAGUAUUUCCUCUCUUUUUUUCAAAAAACAAAACAAAAAAAAACAACCAACCAAUUUAGUAUUCUUGAGCUAGCUAUAAAUACAAAUUUUACCCCAUGGGUAGGAUUUUAAUUGUUAAAUGCCAUAAUAAAGCACACUAAUUUUGACACUUACAAAUGGAAGUAAGAACCAAAAAAAAAAACACAAAAGCGAAACAAUGUCCAACAACAAUGUUCAGAGAAGUUGAACAAAUUCUCUUCUGUUUUGAUAUUUGCAUGCUCCAACAUGGACUGGCUGUGGCAAUGUAAUGCCUGUAUAAUGUUUUCAAAUAAAGAAAUACAUCCUUUAUGUAA